AUGGAUGACGUGAAUGGCAAGAUGCCCAUCCACCUCGCCGUUCUGAGCGGGAACUUUGAAAUGGUGCAAAAGCUCUGCCGGGAACACAAGCGGAGCAAUGAGAGCCUGGACCUACUCGUCGAUACCGCCGAUACCCUCGAGCAGGGCGCUGAGCCCAACGUCAGCGACGACGAGUCCAAGACGCCGCUUCAUUUUACGUACGAGAAGGGGGAAAUGGACAUGAUGGCUCUCCUCCUGGCCGCUGGGUCAGACCCCUUUUACCGGGACUCGCGAGGCCACUCGGCUCUUCACAGGGCCGUCAAAGCCCAGAAUUUAGCCAUACGUGCCCUUUUGAAUUUCGGGGAUCUCGAUGCCAAGUCCCUCGCGGUGCCGAAUCACAACAACAAAUCUCCUCUGAGCAUCGCUCUCCGAAACCAGGACAUGAACACGGCCAAACACGGACGUGUCCUGCUUCUGGUAGCGCAAAAGGGUGUUAGUGAGGUUGUUGAGGACCUGGUGAAGCUGCCGGUCGGAAAAGAUGAAGACGGUCCCUUUGAAGAACAGAGGCGGCUGGCCCUCGAUGAGGCAGCCGAGCAUGGCUGGACCGAGAUUGGCCUCAGCGCCUACCGCCGUGCCGUGACAGAGAUUGCCAUGUCGCUGCUGAGGAGAAGCGCCAUCAACGACGAGAUCAAGACGAAAGAGGUCCUGCUUAGCCGCAGCGACCGAGCGCUAGAGCACGGCCAGCAGGUGGACGACCUCGCUAAAGGACAGCUCGGCCUCGGGUGUCGUUUUCACCUCGCCGCCCUCGAUCUUCGCCUCGACCGGGGCCUCGACGGCGGUGGCGUAGGGCCGCAUACCGUUGUCCUUGCUCAUGCUUUCUUGUUCAAUCUAAGUGAAGCCCUGCAGAUGGACACGGCUACAUUCCGUGGAGCAGACUGCGUCAUCCAGUGGGCCCCCAGGACCACCAUAUCGAGUAUCCUGUGCAUCCUACAGCUACGGUGA